GGUUCUCGUGUUACUCCGGCGGCGGCGAAAGAGCUCACUUCGUUCCUUGUUGGUAAAAUGAAAGAAAUCAAAGAAGUCACUCUGAACAUCGAAGACUCUGAUCUCACAGUUUUCAACUCUUUACUCGACCAACUAAUUGAAGCUGAAAAUGUCAAGCUGGAGGUCCUGCGUAUAAAAAGACGCAAGGGCGGACAAACAAUUCCGAAGGUAAUAGUUAUGCAUCUGGAACGUCUCUCACUGAUGAUGUUUGAUCUUGGAUUAGAUGCAUCUCAGACAGCAAUUUGUGAUCACUUUCUUGAGAUAGCAAGAAGUGGAGUUACGUUCGAUCAUCUCUCCUAUACCAGCUUUGUAGGAUUCGAUCCCACAGAUGACGUUGUGCAGACAUUCCUGGAUCGCUGCCAAGUGAAAAGCCUUCGUUUGACGAUGAUGCGUGGACCGUACAUUGCACCGCAGCCGGAUUACAUGGUUGGCAAGGUUCGUCAAGUCCAUCAUAUCGAGCUGGGCGAAGUGGUCGACAAGCCGAACAUCUUCAAUUCGCUUGUCACUUAUGAAAGUGUAUUUAAAAAGGUGUUUCCGAACGUACAAGACAUUCACUAUUUCCAGCACUGGUAG